CUCAACUUAAUUAAUUAGAGAACCCCUUCACCCUACCUGCGCCUACGCUAAAGCUUAUAGCGGUGAACGCUGCACAGUAGCUAGCGGGGUAUUACUAGUGGUGUAGCACUGCUGUAGUUGCAUGGCAUCUUCGGGCAGCGCGGGGAGAGACGUGCCGGCGGCGAGGGCGGCCGCGGCGGUGAACGACCUGAUCGAGGCGCGCGAGGGGGCGACGAGGCUCAAGGGCAUGCUGCAGGAGCAGUCGUCGGAGUUGACAGAGCUGAUGGACGGGAUGCUCAACAAGCUGUCCAGCGCUCUGUCGGCGUUGGACACCGGCUGCACGGCCGGAGCGUCCGCGUCCGGGUCGGCCGAUGGGGUGAUCAGGGCGAGGGCGGAGAGCUCCACCGGGAGGACGAGGAAACGCAGCUUCAGCAGAAGAUUAGAAGGCUUCUCUGGCAAGCGAGAUACUGACACGCUGGUUGAUGGUCACAUAUGGCGGAAGUAUGGGCAGAAAGAAAUCCAAAACUCAACUCAUCCGAGGUACGUACACUUGUUUUCUAUUACAGGAGACCAAGGCUGCAACGCCAAGAGGCAAGCCCAGAUCUGCGAGACCCAUCCAAUCAAGUACGACAUCACGUACUACGGCGAGCACACCUGCAAGCCUCCCUCCAAUACCCCAAUGAUCAUUGUCGCUGCGAGCGACGACCGUGCAGAAAACCUCGUCAGUUUUGCCCCGACGUUUCCUCAUUUGGCCCCGGCCACUACUCAGCCGUCCUCCUCGUGGUGCACCAGCGUUGACGACGUGUUCAGCUCCUCGUCCGAUCCAUUCUUGCAGGCGGACGAGCUCGCCGCCUUCGUGGGAUCGGCCGGGAGGACGUCCUCGACGGUGGGGUCGGUGCCGGACCACAGCGGGAGUGGGAUAGGCGACAUGGCGGGAGGCGGCCAGGGUGGCGGCACGGGCAGUUUCCCGUCGUCGCCGAGCAGCCUCGGGUUCGUGGUGGGCUCUCUGGGCAGCAUCGGAGAUGACGAUUUUUUCCUGUUCGAUCCAUGACAAGGGAUUGAAUCUUUUUUUUUCCGGUGGUUCCAUCCAUCACUUCACUUGCAUGCAAGCAUGCAUGCAUUGCAUAUAGCAUCCCGUGCAUCAUGCAUGCAUGCGCAUAGUGUGCUUGCGCAUGAAUCUAACCAGUGUGCAACUGUAUUUUUUAGAUAGUACUCCGUAAUAACCAGUGCACAACUGAUAUUCUGUAGAUUACAAAAGGCUUGUAAAGAUCAGCAUAUGUAUACGUACGCCAAGCUGUGUGUUUGUGCAGGAAUCUGUUAUAGAUCGCCAAAUCGAGUAAUGAUAACAGCGCCAGUUUACCCAAGAUA